AUGGCGUUGAAGCAAGCUUGCAAGCUGCGCAAGGCAGUGAGUGAGUUCUUCACGAAAUUUUCACGCCAUGGCGACGAUGCCUUCUGCUGCGGUGAUGUCGGUAGCGGUCCUCCCUUGUGUCGCUGCCCGGUUUCAAAAAACUCGACAGAAAUUUGUUGUUCAUGCUGCCGGGGGACCAGUGAAUCUGCCGCAAUCGGUGAUUAGGAGCUCAGAUGCGGAGGUGGAGAAUGUGCUGACACGUCGAGUGUUUGUAUGGAGCGGAGCCGGAGCUGCGGCUGGAUUUGCUCUUGGAAUGAACAAUGCCGCGUUGGCUGAUGUGAAACUGACCUUGUCGAACAUUGAGGCGGCCCCUGUUCCAUGUCCAAGCGGCCAGACAACGGUAACGGGAGGAACUUCAUUCAGCGUUCGAUGUUUCAAAGUGACUGGCGACGUGAAAAACCCUACCAAGCAAUCAGUCUAUAAUGCAGAUAUAUUCGGCAGAGUUUAUGACGCACAAGGAGAACCUGCGUUGGAUGCCGAAGAGAAUUUGCGUAUAGAUACCCUAGCUGAGGUUCCUCCAGGGAUUUCAAAGGUGAGCUUUCAGAUUUCAGUGAGCGAGAGCCAAGCAAAAUUAGGUCCAUUGCAACUGAAAAAUUUCAAGGCUACGGGUUACCUUGGAAAGGUUAAUAAUAGACAGGGUUCAGGGCGGAUUGACGAUAUAGAUUUUAGUGAACUCGACGAAGACUAUGUGCCUUAAGCUCAAGAACUGUUAGUUAUCAUGGAGCGGUCCAAAAGAUCCGUGCAUUAGUCUGAUGUAAGGUGCACUUGACCAUCACUUGAAGCUUUUAAAAGUUUGCGAUGUGCUUCUAAUAUCAUGUCAAAGCUACUGGUGAGGUGCGAAGAAACGUUGCUCAACUGUCGUUCGAAAGAUGAUUUGAUUGUGAAGUUUACAGUUGACUUGAAAAAUUCCUUCAAAAUUGUUUACCGUCAAACGUAAGGUUUAUUUUCAAGAAAUUGAAGUGAUAGAGCUAAAAAUGAAUACUUCUCGUGUUUCUGAGUAGUAUUCCCAGAAUCCCAGACAAAAGAUCUCUCCUGAAUGAGGUAAAAAUCCUAGCAUUAAAUCUUCGGCAUAACUUUGCAUCGAGCUGUAGGAGGUUGCACCAAGCAUGACCAUCUGUAAGGGUUUAUUCGAAGAUCAGUAGUCCAAAUCCAGUUAGAUUUAGAGUACACAAAAGCUGUCUAGAAACUAUGACCUACCACUAAUUCUACUCAUGAAAGUUGUAGUUUGAAUUCCUACACAACGAUUUAGAGAGUGUUUUUUCAUAUAGAUAAUUCAAUGAUAAAGAACUAGGAAUUAUCAGUUUAUUUGUCCCUAGAUAGUUAAAUGCUUUUGUUUUUGAAUGAAAUGCCCCAGAUUAUAAACC